AUGAUUCGGAGUGCAGUACUGUGCAGGGAAGUCCGGACAGUUCUGAGCCAAAGUAUGCAUAAUAUGGCUGUAGCAUACGAUAAUGUUCAAUUAACACAUAUGAAAGAACCUUGCAUAGAAGUUGAUGAAAAAGAUAACAUAAUUGGAUCCGUCUCAAAACUCGAUGCGCAUUGUGGUUCUAAACUUGUCCUUCAUCGAGCGUUCAGUGUAUUUGCUUUUACUCCAAAAAACGAACUUAUUCUUCAGAAACGUAGUGAUUCUAAGAUAACAUUCCCUUCGUUAUGGACCAAUGCUUGCUGUAGUCAUCCACUGUUUAAUGACUCAGAAAUGAAUGGUGUAAACGGUGUCACCAGAGCUGCCAUAAGGAAGUUAAACCAUGAACUAGGAAUCACGGGUGUACGGGAAGAGGAUUUAGCGUCUGUUGGACGGUUUUUAUAUAAGGCUCAGAUGAAAGACGGAGUUUGGGGAGAACAUGAGAUGGACUAUGUACUCGUGUUGAGGAAUUUCGAUGUAUCCCGAUUGAAUCCUAACCCUGAAGAAGUUAGUGAUGUGCGAUGUGUUUCGGAGAAGGAUUUGUAUUCAUGGCUCUCAGACAAACCAUCAGACUUCACUCCAUGGUUUCUUCUCUUACAGAAUGGAUACUUACGGGAAUGGUGGAAAGAUCUGCAUUUGUACAACAAAGAUGAAAAAUAUUCGCCUGAAAUAACUCGUUUAUCAUAA